AUGGGCACCGAGCCUGAGACCCGGGGCAGCUCCAGCGGCCCUGCGGGCAGAUUCCGAAAGAUCUCCAAGCCGCUCAUGGAGAAGAAGCGACGGGCACGCAUCAAUGUGUCGCUGGAGCAACUCAAGUCGUUGCUGGAGAAACACUAUUCGCACCAGAUCCGGAAACGCAAGUUAGAGAAGGCAGACAUACUGGAGCUGAGCGUCAAGUACAUGAAAAGCCUGCAGAGCUCGCUGCAAGGGCUCUGGCCGGUCCCCAGCGGAGCCGAGCACCGGUCAGGCUUCCGCGGCUGUCUGCCGGGAGUUGGCCCGCUUCAGCGGCGCGGAGAGGAGGACCGGGGCGGCCUGUGCUGCCCCCUGGCGCACGAGGACGCAGGCGGCAGCACCACGGACAGCGCCAGCCUCGACCCCGAGGCGCCCGCGAGGCGCGGCCCCUGCGCCCCCGCCGUCUGGGCGCACGAUUCGGCCGCCCGCGGCUCGCGGUCCCCACCCCCACGGCUCCUCCCCGCCGCCCUUCCCGGCCCGUCCGCCAGCGUCUCGGCCUCGCAGUCGGUGUCCCGCCACGGCGCCGAGAGCCCGGGGUCGGGGUUGCGCCUGUGGCGGCCCUGGUGA